UCUGGUUCUGAUAGCCGGCAAUGUAAAUUAGAUUGGAUCCUGGUGCGCAUUAUCAACAAAAACAUUAAUUCUUUUGAAAUUUAUUGUUAAAUAAAAAAGUCAAUAGGAUCUUGUUCUUAACGAUUGUUUAAAGCUUUUUUUUUGUUUCUUGGCGUUUUUAUAAAAAAAGGCGUGGCGGAAUAAUACCGGAAUGUAUACCUGACCACUCAAGUUUUUUAGUGUACACACGUAAAUUUUGGGCCACUUCAUUUGGGUGUUAGCAUUUCACCUCGGACAAAAAAAUAUAUAAAAUAGUACAAUAAAAAAUAUAACUUGAUUAUUAGGUAUAUUGAACGAAAUCGCAUAAUUUUUCAAGAUCGGCGCAAAAUUGCUGCAUGUACACAAUAUAUAUUGUUUUUUUGCCUCACCAAGGGGUAGAGCAAAAUAGAAGUUACAAGGGGUGAGUGACACAAAAGUUGUAAGUUAGGGGUUGGUUAUGAGCGCGGUAUUCGGUAUGUUUUGUGGAACCGCUGGAUUGUAAGGGCUUAAUAGAAAGGAAGAACAUUAAUUCUACCCAUUGAAAACUGUUAAAUAGUUUUUUGGAACAAAUUCCUUUACGAAGAGGACCUACCAUUUUUGUUGGUACCAACACAUAAAGGAAUAUUUUAUUCAAAAUUAAAUAUGUGUUUGCGCAAAAAAUAUGGCCAAAUGAGGACGUCUUGCGGUUAAAAGUUAAAUAAUCAACUGAUAUGUCUGCAGCACACAUAAGCACGGAAUUUACUGGAUUUAACAAAGUGAGUUCAGGUCCUGCAUCUAGUUGCAUCCCAUCCUUGAAUUUCCCAUCGGAAAGUGGUAUUGCACAGGAGGCAAGUGCCAGUAGCUACUCGCUGUCCGCCAAUUUCAAUUCGCUUAAGAAAAAGCACAAAGGUUCUUCUAUUGUGAUGUCGACUAAAAUCUCACCAAAGAGCUUAAACCGUGUGCACUUGAAGGAGUCAAUUUACAAAGCGAACGCCGUACAGCAUCACGAAAUGGCUGAACAACACAAAGUCAAUACGUCAUCUCUUCAACUGUCCGAGGAUCCUCGGGCAUUACAAUUGGCGCUGGAACUGUCCCUGGUCGGAUUUAAUGACAGUCAAAACUGUUAUACGCAACCUGCUCAACCGCCGACUGCUCAAAAUGAUUUCGAUACAGGCGCCAUCAAUUGCGUGACAGAGUUCCCUAAAACAGAAAGCACCUUACAGUUAUCAUCGGCACAGAGUUGCCUUCUAUUACCCACUGCCGGCAUUGUCAGCUUAGAGGAUCGAUCAAAGAAGUCCCAAAACAUGACUGAGUGUGUUCCAGUCCCCAGUUCAGAGCAUGUCGCCGAAAUCGUCGGUAGACAGGGUUGCAAAAUUAAGGCUUUAAGGGCUAAAACCAACACCUAUAUUAAGACACCAGUUCGAGGCGAGGAGCCAGUAUUCGUAGUGACUGGUCGAAAGGAAGAUGUCAGCAAGGCAAAGCGGGAAAUACUCUCCGCUGCGGAUCACUUUAGCUUGAUUCGCGCAUCGCGUAAGCCGAUGAGUGACGGACCUAGCAAUGGUAUAGUAGGAGGUUCAAGUGGCUCCGGAGGUGGUGCGGUCUCCCGCAUGCAGUCUGGUCCCCCAUGUAUGCCGGGACAGGUGACUAUACAGGUACGUGUACCUUAUCGGGUAGUUGGCCUUGUUGUUGGGCCCAAAGGUGCAACUAUUAAGCAUAUUCAACAAGAAACUCAAACCUACAUUGUGACACCGUCUCGCGAAAAAGAACCAAUUUUUGAAGUGACCGGAUUGCCAGAUAAUGUAGAUACUGCACGAAAGCAAAUAGAAGCACACAUUGCUCUACGAACUGGCUCUGGAUCUGGAAAUGGCGAUGCUAUAUUGCAAGGCAGUGAAUCGGUUGAUUCAAAUGAUUUCACAGCCUUGCCGACAAUAAAUUCAUUAACUCAAAUACUCAAUGAUGACUUGAAUUCAGAUAUUUUAUCGUCGAUAUACAAACAUGAGAUUUCAACUGCACAGGAGUAUACGAAUAAUUCAAUAAAGAUUGUUUCAAACGGGAGCAAUUUAUUGAAACCCCUGCACGGCCAUCAUUCCAGCAACUGCUUUCAAAAAUCCGAGUUUCUUGACAUGGAAGUGUCGGCCACUUUACCGGUGACAGGAGAAUCUGAUAAACAGAUUACGGGAAGGGAUGUGUCCAUGCCCUUGGCUAAAGCUAAUGUGGUACUUCGAAAUGCAAACAUUAAAAGUCUGCCCUUUUGUCCUCCCACAUCGACAUCAUCAUCAAUUCACUCCAACUCCAACGCAAAUAUUUUAACAAGAUCUUGUUCAUCGGCUUCUUCAACAACAUCAACAAAGAGUACAAACAACAGCGCCAAUACUCCUCCAGAAAUAUUAAAUAUAUGGAAAAAUAUAAGUGAUUCAAUUGACGUCGAUGAGGGUAUAGGCGACUCGCCAAGCAUUUGGAAUCAACCAACAAAUCUUGUGCCCACAGCUCACUGCUCACCCACAAUCUCUAUCAGUCCAACGGACUCUCUGUUAGGUCUGGGCGAACACUCUUCAAUUAAACAAAAUCUUCACCACACUAAAGAGCCGACUAUUUGCAAUAAUCCACAAAAGGCAAAAUCAAUUCAACUGCAAUCCAACCCAGAGAAAUGUUUGAUCCAUCGUGAGUGUUUUGUUUGCAAUGAAAAUGAUGUAACCACUGCUUUAGUUCCCUGCGGUCACAAUAUGUUUUGCAUGGAGUGCGCCAAUCAAAUCUGCAUUUCCAUGGAAUCGGUUUGCCCAGUUUGUAAUUCUAUUGUUUACCAUGCCAUGCGCAUUUUAGGAUAAUUUUAAAGGAUUAAUCUAAAGAUUUGAAAUGCGUUGAAUACAUAAUGACAGGUAAAUUUUAUUUUGUGUCUUCCGUAAAGUGCAUUAAAAUAAGAUUAUUUUUUUUUUAGUUUGAAUUUAGAAUUGGAGCUUUCGUUGUUUCAUGCUUACACGCCGAAAUCAAAAUAUAUUUUAAAAAAAGGGUUGUUAAAUAUUUUAAAAUUAAAAUGAUUAAGAUUAGGUAAACAGCUUUUUUGUAAACAUUUUUGUUUAGAUCUUUUCUUAUUUUUAAGAUUUGCUCUUCAGCGUUUUUGUAAGCAGAGGGUAUUCUAAUUUCAAUGAAGGAGACUUAUAAAUAUAUAUAUACAUAUAUCCUAAUUAGCAUCACCAUUUGUCCGUCUGUCUGUUUUUAUGUAAACUAGUGUCUCAGUUAUUGAGCCUACGCGCCGGAUUGGACAACAAUAUCGGCUAGCUCCCAUACGAGAGAUUGAACAGAUACCCUAAAAAAUUGUAUUCUUCUUCUAUUUCUUCUUCCUUACGAUAAGAUAAAAAUCGGAUGAGACUAUAUCAUAUAGCUACCAUUUAAGAGAUCGGGGAAAUUAAUGAAAACUUCGACUGAACUAGAGAAUUACUUUACACUUUAUUGCUUAUCGAACUGGCAUUUGAAAAAUUUUUGUUUUUAUACAUUUGUGAUGAGCCUAGUCGUUUUCUCCAUACAAGUUCUAAGUGCAUAUUCUUUUUUUUAACUGCCAUAGGAAACCAAAUUGAUCCCGCUCAUCGAACCAAAAUACUGAAAAUGUACCUAAUUAAUAUUUAAAUUUGUUAUAUUAUUUAUUUAUUAUAAUUUAAUUUCAUAUCCCCAAGAUGGUUGGGUAUAUUCUUGCUCCCUUAUGCACCUCGCAUUAUUUAACCCUUUCGGGACGGGGUUUUAUUUCGAAAACCAAGAUAGUUAGAGAAAAUCCUUUUUCAGAUUCUGAAAGAUGACUAAAAAUAAUUAUGUACUGCAUACUUGGAAAUCCUGAAUUCGUCCUUUUAUCCUGGGACAUAUAAUUCCAAUCCGUUUUUUUUGGUGGGAUUUAGAAUCCCAGUAGUCCCGAAAGGGUUAAGAGUACUAAACUAAACUGCGGAAGCUAUAUUCUUUUCUUUUUAACUGCCAUUGGAAACCAAAUCGGUCGCGUUGCCAAACCAAAGUGAAUUAUUGAAAAUGUAUUUAUUUCAUAUUUAAAUUUGUUAUAUUAUUUAUUUAUUAUAAUUUAAGAUGGCAGGUUCUCACCUUCUUAAAUUAGAAAUCCCUAAUUUUAAACAUCUAUAUUUGAACUUGUUGGCCAAUGUAGUCCUUUUUAUACCCUUGCAGAGGUUAUUGUAAUUUCAGUCAGAAGUUUGCAGUGCAGUGAAGGAGACACCUCAGACCCCACAACGUCUAUAUAUUCUUGUUCAGCAUCACGAUCUGAAUCGAAAUCCGUCUGUACGUCUGUCCGUCUGUCUAUUU